AUGAAACUAUCAAUUGCAUUGUUCGCUUCAUUGAUGGGUGUUGUCGCAGCACAAGAAGACUGCUACAACACUACAGAAGCACUUGCCAUUGCCCAAGCUACUGACCCUCGCUCGAAUGACGUUCGAGGCGUCUACACAUUGUGUCCAGGGCUUGAACUCACGGUCGGAUUUCCUGCCAAUGAAGCCUUCACGGCCUUUUCCUUUGGGGGCUUUCCUUUGGCUGUUCUUCGUCCCAACACCACCAUCGAUGGGAAUGGAGUCGUUCUAAGUGGUGGGCUCAUUCAGUUCGCAACACUUGCUGCCUAUGUCUUCGAAGGGACGCCCUUUACUGAUCCCAAGUCAGGCACAAUCAUCAAAAACAUUGUCUUUGAUGGAACUGGAUUGACGCCAGCCGGAGGCUUUCCCUCCCAAUCCAUGUUUAUCUCUGCACCUGGUGAUUAUGUUGUCUCGAACAUUACCUUCAAGAACAUUGCCUAUGGUAUUGGCGACGCUCAAUCCAGGCCAAUCUUUGUUGGACCAUCCGACAUUGCUCAACUGGCACCACUCACCCCACCCAAUUCUAUCAGCUUCACCUUGGAAGAUUCUACUUUUGUCAAUGUGACCACUUCUAACGGUACCUCUGUUUUCUUGAGUGAAAACCAGACUAUCGCAGCAAAGAAUGUUAUCUAUGAGAAUGUAGAAGCGCUUGCAGCAUUGUCUGUAGAUGGAGCUACUGGAUCAGCAACAGUGGAGAAUGUUUGCAUUUCGGGUUCCAAGUUUUCAUUUGCCACUUUGGCUGCAAGAGAAGGUGAUGUUGGACUGUACCCGUCCAUUUCUGGGCUGUACAUUGCAGACUCUGUGGAGAAUGAGUCUUGUGCAGCAAGCGAGAACCUUUUCUCUAGCCCUGGUAGGGACAACUCGGGAACCUGCUCGUCAGUGGAGACUGUUGACAGUUGCUUUGCUACUCCUAUGGAUCCCACAAGUCCUACUGACGCCCCCGCCAACGGUACAGCAACCGAUCCUCCAGCUUCUGCUGC